AUGCUAGUUUCUUACCGGGGAUGCCACGGGGUCAUCGACGCGCGCGUGGCCGAGCUGCGGACGGAGAUCCAGGGAGCGCAUGCCCUCGCGCCACCGCUGGCGAAGCGCUGCGAGGAGCUCCAGGAUGGCCUGGACAAGCUCACGUCCCAGCAGUUCCUGUCCGCUGGCGGCCUGGAGAGGUCCAUCAAGGACGUGGAGCAGCUGGUCCAGACCACGCGGGCUGGCCUCGAGAAUGGCAUAGCUGACUGCAUGGAGAGGAUGGCCCAAGGAGAGACCAGCUCACGCCUGCAGAUCGAGGAUCUUCAAUCGGCGGUCACUGUGGGUGCACAGCGCAUCUCAGAGAGCAACUCCUUGUCCGAAAACGUCUAUUGCAGAAGCCUUCACUGGACGUGCCGACGCUUCCACAGACGGCUCUCUGCGAGUCUUCAGAAGGAGGCGGCAGUGGACAACCCUGGGGUGCUUUCGCCGGAGUUUUCACUCUGCUCUCUGCCGCCCAUGCAGGUGGAGGUCUGCCUGGCGGCGCAGGCAGCGGCCGCCGACGAGGCCCCCAUUGCGCCCCUUCCAGUGCCAGGCUCCUGUUGCGUGCGCGUGUGGGCGCAGCCCGGCAUCGACAUGACGUUCAGGAUAACGCUGGGCGAUGGCGUGGCCGCCGUGUCCCACCGCUUCGACCACAGCUUUCAGCUGCCCGAGGGAGCGGACGAAGAGGCGGCGCCAGGCAUGGCAUCCCCCCAGACUCAGCAGUUCGAAAUCCUCGUGGCAUGCACGUGCAACUGCUUCUCGGGCGUCGGGAUGCUGCUCUUCAACAAGUUGGCGAUCCAGGCCCUGCCCUUGGAGUGUAGCUUGGUCUGGCUGCAGCUCUUCUUCGCCGGCUUCUUCAUGCUGAUCUUCGGCUUCCCCUACUUGCACAUUGGCUCCAUGCGAGACUUCCUUCGCUGGUGCGCUGUGGUGCCCGCCUUCUGUGGGAUGCUACUCACCUCGAUCCUCGCCCUGAAGAAAGCGCCCAUGUCCCUAGUCAUCGUGCUCCGCAGUGCUUCGCCACUCUUCUCCCUGCUCAUUGAGCGGUUUUACCCGGAGCCGCUUCGCAUCAGCGGGCAGAUGAUUGGCGCCGUCCUUGUCAUGAUGGCCGGGGCAGCGAUGUAUGUCUCUCAGCUCCAUGCCGAGCACUGGGAGGGCAUCGGCUGGGUCAUGCUCAACAGUGUGGUGGCUGUGUGCGAUCGCUUGCUGCAGAGGCUGCUCUUGUCCAAGGACCAACACCCAGUAGACAUCUCGAAGACUGGCAUUACGGUGAUCAACAACAUGAUGGGCUUAAUCCCCGUGGGCCUGGCCGCCUACUUCACGGGAGAGGUGUCCCAGUUCCCGGGGGCCUAUGCGCACCUCACAAGCCUGGACAAGGUCUACAUCGGCCUCAGCUGUGUGAUCGGCCUGUCCAUCGGCUUUACGGGAAUCUGGGCCCAAAGCCUGAUCAGCGCCACGAGCUUUUUGGUCAUGGUCAAUGCAAACAAGUUCGUCAUCAUCGCCAUCGAGGCCCUUGGCAUGCACACCAAGGAGCUGACCGAGGGCCAGAUUUUGGGUGCCUGUUUGUCCAUCUUGGGUGGGAUCCUCUACGGCAAAGCCCGCCAGCAGAUUGAGCAGGAGGAGGAGAGAGUUCGGCUGCUGCCCACUGUCAAGGUUUGGUCUCGCGCCACCGAUUCGCUGCAGGUGACCUUCGAGCUGCUGGAAUUUACGACCCGUCCGGUGGCCCAGCUUCUGAUGCUUCCGGACGCAGAGAUUGGCGCCGAGGAGAAGAGCCACAGCUCGCAGGCCCCCACGGAAGCACCGGCCGAUGGGGAAGAGCCGCCGGCGGAGGGCGCUGGUGCCGAAGAGGCACCACCCCCAGAAGAUAGCAUGUUCUUCACGCGCUCGGCAACGGCGGAGCUGCUGUUGCACGAGCGGCUACAGAAAGAUCUCGUGAGUAUCCGCAACAGGUCGGUGCGACGAGUGGAGUGGCGCGUGGAAGGCUGCAGCAGGCUCCUCGACUUCUGCAAGGUCGGCGAGGCCGUGGACAGCCCGGUCUUCAGCGCGGGCGGCCUGGAGCGCCUCCAGUUCCAUUUCUAUCCCAAGGGCUGUGAGUCUGCCGGGGCAGCCUCACCCUGCUCCCUGUUCAUCAGCGGCCCAGACAAGGGUGUCAGUGUGCGAGGCGUCCUCUGGGUGGGUGGCAACGGCCGCCAGUUCGAGCACCGCUUCGGAAAGCGAGGGGACAUGGGGGGCCGCCCAAGGUUCUGCGCACUGGAGCAGCUCCUGGAUCCAGCGGACUGGGUGAUCCUUGCGCUCGACAUAGCGGAGGUCGAGCAGGACCUCCCCGAGCACAACCAGGCACUUGUCCUCCGCGAAGCCCGGAGUAUCCCAGCCUUCGAGCCCGUCUCCCCGAUGAGUCCCAACCGGAACCACGCCACCAGCGUGGCGCCGCAGACGGGCGCCCGCGCGUCCCUGAAGGUGAAGCGGGAAGAUCACUCGAAGAUGGAGGAGCUCGUCAAGAGCGUGUCCCUCCCCAUGCUCAAUGCCAAGAUGAUGAGCACCAUGAGCACACAGAGCUCGAAGACCCGGCGAGCCAUCGACUACUGA